CGCAUCUCCCCAACGUCUUCUCGCCGGUCGCGCACGGGCAAAGCAGCGAUGGCUACAGCGACGGCAGUUGGCGGACCCGACAGGGUGGAGACUGCGGCGUCGUCCGCGGCGGCAGUGCUGGCCGUCGCCGUUGCCUCGCAGAGGUUGCUAGGUCUGCUCGCUCUUGCGGUUCAAACUGUAAAUGUUGGAGCAGAAAUAUAUAAUAAAGAUCAGCGGGCAAUAUACAAGUUAUUAUCUGGAAGAAUCAAAUCUGAAAAUGUCCCUGAAAAUAAGGAUGGGUCAGAUGACGACGAUGAUGAUGACGACGAUGAAGACAAUGACGAUGAGGGUGGUGACGACGAUGAUGAUGCUGAGGAGGAAUUCUCUGGAGAAGAAGAUGGGGGUGAUGACGAUGAUGAAGAUGAUGAUCCUGAAGCUAAUGGUGAAGAAGGAAGUGACAACGACAAUGAUGACGACGAAGAUGGUGAUGAUGAUGACGAUGAGGACGACGAAGGUGAUGAGGACGACAAAGACGAGGACGAUGAUGAAGAUGACGAAGACCAGCCACCUUCCAAGAAGAAGAAAUGAUUUGCUCAUCCAUGGAUUUACCUCAGCUUCUCCAUGCUGUUAGUUGUGUUGUUUAGAUCAUGGACAGCUUUGGGAUCAAUGUAGCUUGUUGCUUGUCAUGGUAUCGUAGUGUAGGAAAAUUUGACAUCUGAUGUUAAAUCACUAUCCUGCUUUCCCCUCUGUGCAUGUAGUCUUAAAUCUUGAUUUUUACUCUAUUGGAGCUGCGAUUGUGUCAUGCCAUUC